GCAAAAGAGGAAAAAAUCCAAAGAGGUGGCAGAGGCUCUCGGACAACAACAAACCACGAUGAGCUUCUCAGCUGCUAGAUUUCACCUCUUCAAGCUCAGGAAAAAGCCCUAGGUUCCUCCCUGCCCCCAACCCUCCAAGAAAAAUUGUAUCUUUGUAAUUUUUUCGAUUAAAUUUCAAUUUAUUGUACAAUAAUUUCAUGGAUGCAGCAGCGGCCGCCGCCGCCUCUGAAGCCCCAAUCUUCAAUCGAUCUACUUUCAUUAGCGGUUCUAAUCUGUCGUUCCUCUUUCUUCGGAGUCCUCUAUUGAAAUUAUCCCCCAAAUUUCCCCCUAGUAAUCUUCGCUGCACCACCUAUUGUACCCCGCCGCACAACUCCCCGAUCUUUUUCUUCAACUCAAGUAAAAGAGCGCCCUUUCAUUUACAUUCUGUUGGGACAAGUUGUUAUGAGAAUGAUGAUAAUGGUAUUAAUAAUGUGUUGAAGGCAGCAAAUAUUGGCGAGGUUUCAUUGAGGAGGGGGCUGGCGAUUGUCGCCGCGGCGAUUGGGGUGGUUGUAAUAUUAAGUUGCCGGAGGGCGUUGGCUGUGGAGGGUGUUAUUACUGCAGGAUGUGGGGUUUGGCAGCGGAGUUUGUUGGCGUUGAGGAGCUCAUGGCCAAAGGUUUUGCAGGUAUUGACGGUUUUCAAAGAGCAGGGUUUAGUUCUUGCGGCCUUGUUAGGGCUAUCGGCUUUUUUCUCCAUGGCAGAGACCUCCAUUACCACUCUUUGGCCUUGGAAGGUGAGGGAACUGGCUGAGAAAGAAUCUGAGAAUGGUGUGUUCAAAAUGCUACGAAAUGACGUUACUCGAUUUCUGACAACAAUCCUCAUUGGCACCACAGUGGUGAAUAUUGGUGCUACAGCAUUGGUCACUGAAGCUGCAACAGCAAUAUUUGGUGAAGCUGGUGUCAGUGCAGCUACUGGAGUUAUGACAGUAGCUAUUCUGCUCCUCACUGAAAUUACUCCUAAAAGUAUAGCUGUUCACAAUGCCACGGAGGUCGCGAGGUUUGUGGUUAGGCCAGUUGCAUGGCUUUCGCUGGUGCUGUAUCCUGUGGGAAGAGUCGUAACAUAUCUGUCAAUGGGAAUGCUAAAACUGCUAGGUCUGAAAGGAAGAAGUGAACCAUAUGUAACUGAAGAUGAGCUAAAGUUAAUGCUACGAGGAGCAGAGUUAAGCGGGGCAAUCGAGGAGGAGGAACAGGAUAUGAUCGAAAAUGUUUUGGAGAUAAAAGAUACACAUGUUAGAGAAGUGAUGACACCUCUUGUUGAUGUUGUUGCCAUUGAUGCUAGUGCAACACUUGUUGAUUUCCACAAUUCAUGGGUGGAUCAUCAGUAUUCCAGGGUGCCUGUCUUUGAGGAGCGUAUUGACAACAUUGUUGGUAUUGCGUAUGCGAUGGAUCUUCUGGAUUAUGUGCAGAAGGGGGAACUUCUAGAAAGUUCUGUGGUGGGUGACAUGGCGCACAAACCUGCAUACUUUGUUCCUGAUUCAAUGUCUGUGUGGAAUCUUCUUAGAGAGUUCCGAAUCAGGAAGGUACAUAUGGCGGUUGUCCUAAACGAAUAUGGAGGAACUGUUGGUAUUGUGACCCUUGAAGAUGUGGUUGAAGAAAUUGUAGGUGAAAUUUUUGAUGAAAAUGAUUCAAAGGAGGAAAUUCAGAAAAAAACUGGCUACGUUGUCAUGCGUGCUGAAGGCAUAUAUGAUGUAGAUGCUAAUACAUCAAUUGAUCAGCUCUCUGAAGAUCUUAAUAUUAAGAUGCCAGAGGGUCAUCAGUAUGAAACAGUGUCAGGUUUUGUGUGUGAGGCAUUUGGAUAUAUCCCAAGGACAGGUGAGACUAUAAAAGUGGUCCUUGAAAGAGCAAAUCGAGAUGAUCAUGAUGAUUAUAAUGGAACAGAAUCUGACCGACAAGAUGAAAAUGAGAAGACUCAGAUAUUUAAGCUUGAGAUACUAGCAGGGAAUGCCAGAAAAGUUAGUGCUGUCAGAUUUGAACGGAUAAACAAUGAUGAGGCAUCAGUAGAGUCCAAAGAUGUAACUCGUUUGUUAACCAAAGUUGGAAAACGGAAAGUCGGCAGUGAUGAUGAAUUAGAUAGGACAGAGUGCGAUGAGGUGGCCUCAUUUCAUGAAAUAGCCAACGAUUUUGUAAUGUCUGUACAGAAAGACAAUAUCGAUCAAGUAAGUAAAGAGUAGUUGUAUUCAUAAAAAGAAGAAAAAGAAAAAAAAAAAAAAAGAAAGGGCACAGUAGUUGCAUUACCCAUUCUUUUCACCCACAGAGAACGGAAGGGAAGUGGAGAAAUUUUUUGAAUUAUAAGAAAUAGCAGUUCUGUGUGCUGUUUGGUAGCAAAUGAACUCUCAGAGCUGCGAAGUGUCCACCUAUGAAUCAUCAUGCUUUGGGUUCUGGAAGAUGAAAUGUGGAGUUUGCAUUUGCAGCAAGAUGUCUCAGAAAGUCGGCAACAUUGUGGGGGUUUGCAUCCGCAUUGAUCCAGUAAUGGGGAGAAUAAGAUAGCCACAUCCACAAGGCACCCGCUUUUCUGAGCAACCAAAAUAGUUUGUUGAUAGUAGAGGUUUAGUCAGGAUCUCCACUUGUUGUAAUACCUUUGGUCUUGCUAAUGGCCAGUAGCGGUAGCAGUAGCAGUAGCAGCUGAUUUACUGUCCAAGUGUGGGGUGCUCUCACUCUCUCUGAUUUGAUUUGAUUUGAUACAUGGUCAAAUCAACUUCACUCUGCAUGAAUGAUAUAAAAUCUAAUACCUGUAUUGCAUGCCCAGUUCGAAAUGUUAAAAGCGUAGCUUCCCAACUAUAUAUAUAUCAUCA